UUCCUUUUUGGUUAGGUGAGGUGAGGCCUCCCCAAAGGGGAAUCUUGAGGACUUACUUGCCUGAAUUCCUGAUAGCUGUAGCUAUCAUAUGUGUCUGUUCUGUUUGAUCUCCCCCCUACCCCACCCCCUUGGUUGCUAAAUUUAUCUGCCUUCUUGGCCAUAAAAGGCCAGGUCCAUGGCCCUGACUUUCUCCUGACUACAGGCAUUAUUUUUGUACUGGCCCCCAGGGUCCAGUCUUUAGCCCUGCCUUUUUUUUUUUUUCUUCAAUUCAACUUGGGUGGAUUCUGCAUUCUGUCAUUCAGUUCCACCACUACAUCGGAACCUUUCCACCAUCAUUACUCAUUUGGACUCUGAUCAUCUGUCCCCUGAGACCCCUGAUUAAACCAGACCUCCAUAAAGAACUGUACAAAGUAGGGGCCCACUAUGUCUUUGCCUUUCUACCAGAAGUACCAUGAGCACUACGACCGAGGGUACCGCAGCAAAGAUCUUCGGUCCACCAUGAGCCAGUACCAACAGGAGAAGAAGAGCUCCGCUAUCUACACUCAUGGCUCAACAGCCUACAGUCACAUGUCCUCUGCCCACCACCAGGCCUCUGAAGCCUAUGGCUCCUCGGCCUAUCGGCAGGGCUCCCAGGCCUACAGUCUUGGAUCUACAGCCUAUGCCUUAGGAUCCGAAGUCAGUAGUAAAGCAUCCUCAGCCUAUGAUUAUGGCUACAAUCUUGGACUGACAGAUUCCUCUCUAAUGAUAGAAGAUUAUUCCUCCAAGUUGAGUCCACAAACCAAAAGGGCCAAAAAGAGCCUCGUCUCUAGAGAGGAGAAAGAAAACGAUCCAAAAGACUACGUGGUACCUAUCUUCUCAGGGCGCCAGGUAAACGUCAAUGGAAUUACUGAUACAGAAGAGGGAAGAAUUAAAGAAGCUGCUGCCUAUGUUGCCAGGAGAAAUCUUUUGGCCACUGGUGAAGGCAUCACCACCACCAAGCAGUCCACGGUGUCUUCACAACAGGAGGAACUUUUUGAGAAGAAAUCUAGGAAAGUGGCCAUACGGGAGAAGGCAGAACGCCUGGCACUGAGAAAAACAUUAGAAGAGACUGAGGAAUUUCAUAAAAAGUUGAAUGAAGACAGUCUUCUCCAUGCUCCUGAGUUUGUCAUCAAGCCUCGUUCCCACACUGUCUGGGAGAAACAGAAUGUCAGAUUACACUGCUCUGUGUCAGGCUGGCCAGAACCACGGCUCACAUGGUAUAAAAACAACGUACCCAUUAACGUCCAUGCUAACCCUGGAAAGUACAUCAUUGAGAGCCGAUAUGGAAUGCACUAUCUGGAGAUUAAUGCAUGUGAUUUUGAAGACACUGCUCAGUAUCGGGCUUCUGCUAUGAAUGUUAAAGGAGAGCUUUCGGCUUACGCUUCCAUCGUGGUAAAGAGAUACAAAGGAGAGUAUGAUGAGACUUGUUUCCAUGCUGGAGCUUCCACCAUGCCCCUCAGCUUUGGUGUUACCCCGUAUGGCUUUGCUUCCAAGUUUGAGAUCCACUUUGAUGACAAGUUCGAUGUAUCUUUUGGAAGAGAAGGCGAGACAAUGAGUCUGGGCUGUCGUGUUGUUAUUACCCCUGACAUUAAGCAUUACCAGCCAGAAGUUCAGUGGCUCAGAAAUGGGACACCUGUCUCUCCAUCAAAAUGGGUCCAAACACAAUGGGGUGGGGAUCGAGCAACACUGACUUUUUCCCAUCUCAAUAAAGAGGAUGAAGGGCUCUACACUCUCCGUGUGCGGAUGGGAGAAUAUUAUGAGCAAUACAGUGCAUAUGUCUUUGUUCGAGAUGCUGAUGCUGAGAUUGCAGGAGCUCCUGCUUCCCCCUUAGAUGUGGUCUGCUUAGAUGCCAACAAAGAUUAUGUCAUCAUCUCUUGGAAACAGCCUGCUGUAGAUGGAGGGAGCCCAAUCCUGGGCUAUUUCAUUGACAAAUGUGAGGUAGGCACAGACAUCUGGUCCCAAUGCAAUGACACACCCGUCAAAUUUGCUCGCUUCCCAGUCACUGGAUUAAUUGAAGGUCGUUCUUACAUAUUUCGUGUCCGAGCUGUGAACAAAACUGGAAUAAGCAACCCAUCUCGCGUUUCUGAGCCUGUGGCAGCACUGGACCCCGUAGAUAGAGCCAGGUUUAAAAGUCAACCUUCUGCACCCUGGACUGGACAGAUCAUUGUCACUGAAGAGGAACCUGCAGAGGGUGUUGUUCCCGGGCCACCUACUGACCUCUCUGUGACAGAAGCCACCAGAAGUUAUGUUGUACUUAGCUGGAAGCCACCUGGUCAGCGUGGUCACGAAGGCAUUAUGUACUUUGUGGAAAAGUGUGUGGCAGAUACAGAGAACUGGCAGAGAGUGAACACGGAGAUCCCUGUCAAGUCUCCUCGUUUUGCCCUGUUUGAUUUGGCUGAAGGGAAAUCCUACCGUUUCCGAGUUCGAUGCUCUAACUCAGCAGGAAUUGGUGAGCCGUCAGAGGCAACUGAUGUUACUGUGGUUGGGGACAAACUUGAUAUUCCCAAAGCCCCUGGCCGAAUCAUUCCCAGCAGGAAUACCGAUACUUCGGUGGUUGUUACUUGGGAAGAAUCAAAAGAUGCUAAAGAGUUGGUUGGGUACUACAUUGAGUCAAGCGUUGUUGGAUCUAAUCAUUGGGAACCCUGCAACAAUAACCCUGUGAAAGGCUCACGGUUUACCUGCCAUGGACUUCUUAAUGGUCAGAAUUAUAUAUUCCGAGUCAGAGCUAUGAAUGCAGCUGGACUUAGUGAAUACUCACAGGAUUCAGAAGCAAUUGAAGUGAAAGCUGCUAUUGGGGGAGGAGUGUCUCAAGGUGUGUGGCCUGAACUGAAUGAUAAAGCUGGUGGACUAACCGACUACAAGGGAGGUAUGCAUGAAGCCUCCCAACCAACCUUUAAGAAAGCUGCUUUGCUUGAUAGCAGUGAUAAAUUUAACCAAUACACACCACCCGAUAGCUCUAGUAGCCUGGACAAAACAGAAGUCAGUAAAGUAAGUGAAAAAGUUCAGGAUAAUCAGGCACCUGCUCCAGCAUCGAAGAAGGAAGUUGCUAAGGGGAAACCAGAAGUAAAAGAAGUAAGUGAAACAGUUCAGGAGGAUCAUACGCCAUCAGCAGAAACUGAGAAAGCAGCUGACCAGGGGGAAAGUAAGUCUGACCCUGCAGCCCCUGCAACUUUGGAAAAAGGGAAAAAGAAGAAGGUCGUAGCUACUCCAUCUCCACCCUAUGACAUCAUUUGUCUUGAGAGUUUCCGUGACUCAAUGGUUCUUGGAUGGAAGCAACCAGACAAGACUGGUGGAACUGAAAUCACUGGCUAUUAUGUGAACUAUCGUGAGGUUAUUGGUGGAGUACCUGGGAAAUGGAAGGAGGCCAAUAUUAAGGCCGUCAGUGACCAGGCAUACAAGAUAAGCAACUUGAAAGAAAACAUGGUCUAUCAGUUCCAAGUGGCUGCAGUGAACAUUGCUGGGGUGGGGACUCCCUCUAAAGCUAGUGCAUCCUUUAAAUGUGAGGAAUGGACCAUUGCCGUUCCAGGACCACCUCAUGAUCUAAAGUAUAGUGAAGUCAGGAAAACGUCCCUGGUUCUCCAGUGGAAGCACCCAGUCCAUUCUGGUCGAACUCCUGUCACUGGUUUCUUUGUUGACAUCAAGGAAACAAAGGCUAAAGAUGAUCAAUGGCGAGGGAUCAAUGAGAAGCCAAUAACAAACACAUACUUGAAGGUCCAAAACCUCAAGGAAGGUGUCAGUUAUGUAUUCCGUGUCCGAGCCAUAAACCAGGCAGGGGUCGGGAAACCUUCUGAUAUCGCUGGUCCUGUUGUGGCAGAAACCCGUCCAGGAACCAAAGAGAUUGUCGUCAAUGUUGAUGAUGAUGGAGUCAUUUCACUGAACUUUGAAUGUGAUCAGAUGUCCAAAGACUCUCAACUCAUCUGGUCCAAGGAUUAUGUACCAGUUGAAGACUCUUCUCGACUAGAAGUUGAUACCAAAGGCAAUAAGACUAAAGCUACUUUUAAAGACCUUGGAAUAGAUGACUUGGGAAUUUACUCCUGUGAUGUCACAGACACUGACGGAAUUGCUGCAAGCUAUUUAAUAGACGAAGAGGAGAUGAAACGUUUACUUGCUCUCAGCCAAGAACACAAAUUCCCAAGUGAGUAUCAGAAAAAUAUUCGUGGGCAGUGGUCACCACCCUGUGUGUUUUCCAGGAAAGAUGCUGGUUUUUACGAAGUGAUACUGAAAGAUGACCGAGGGAAAGACAAGAGCAGACUAAAGCUUGUGGAUGAAGCUUUUAAAGACCUGAUGACUGAAGUCUGCAAGACAAUUGCUUUGUCUGCCACAGAACUGAAAAUCCAGAGCACAGCAGAGGGCAUCAGGCUGUACUCCUUUGUUAAUUAUUACCUGGAUGAUCUGAAAGUGAACUGGUCCCACAACGGAACUGCUAUUAGGUACAGCGACAGAGUUAAGAGCGGUGUCACCGGAGAGCAGAUUUGGUUACAAAUCAAUGAGCCUACUCCAAAUGACAAAGGAAAAUAUGUAAUGGAGCUCUUUGAUGGCAAAACUAACCAUGAGAGGAAAGUGGAUCUUUCUGGACAAGCCUACGAUGAAGCUUUUGCUGAAUUCCAGAGGUUAAAACAAGCUGCUAUUGCGGAGAAAAAUCGUGCCCGUGUAUUGGGAGGUUUGCCAGAUGUGGUCACCAUACAGGAAGGCAAGGCUUUGAAUCUUACUUGCAAUCUGUGGGGUGAUCCCAGUCCUGAGAUCUCCUGGCUGAAGAAUGAAAAGGCAUUGGCCUCAGAUGAGCAUUGCAUCCUGAAGCUAGAAGCUGGGAAAACGGCCUACUUCACCAUUACUGCAGUCCAGACGAACGACUCUGGGAAGUACAGCCUGGUGGUGAAAAACAAAUACGGCUCGGAGACAAGUGACUUUACUGUCAGUGUGUUCCUCCCUGAGGAAGAGACAGCAAAAGCUGCCUCUGAGACCUCAAAACAGACUAAGAAGACAAAGUAAACUUUAGACUAAGGAAGAAAGGUAUAUGACUGAAGAUGAGAUGGCCCAUGAUAGGUGGAAUGCAAGUGGUUUGAGUCGAAGAUAAGCAGCAGUCUUUGUACUGUCCACUGAGUUCUUAUGUUAGCGCUGCCCCUGCAGGCAUAAUUGUAAACUCUCCCCUGUGUCUGAGAAACCUACUGACAAGGGUCAUCCUCACAGUUUUUCUUCACAUAAUACAAUUUCCUAAGCAGAUGACAUAGGAAAUAAAUAGCAAGAUAUAGUUUUAAGGAAAGAACAAGAUGAGCUUGUUGGGAAGAAAAGCCAGGGUCAAAGAGAUGCUUUCUAGAGCAUUAGAGUAGCUGGAGAGAGUCAUUAGCAGAGAAGGUCUUAGAGAGUGCCAUUAGAACAUAGCAUAGCAUAGCGUGGCUCACUGAGAUAAGGUGUUGAACCAACUGGUGUUUUCGAUGUGUGGCCUUAAUAGAGAUUUGUAAGUUGUGUCAAUACCGUUUUGAUGUUGAAACCUCCUUCUCAUUGACAAAUAAAGGCUCAUGUACCUUUCUUUUUAACCAUUAA